ACAUCUUCCUCACAGGACACGAUAAUCAGCUGAUGUGCGCACCAGAUUUCUACUUGAAAUGAGAACAUGGUCCUAAACUUGGGCUUCGGGAGUUUCCAAUUGGAAAACGCCGCCCCCCAAGUCUUCGCCACAGUAAAGGAUCGACCUGUCACGGCCGCCGAGCUGGACGACGCAAUAGAAGACCCAAUCGAUGCCCGAGAGGUUUUCGACCUCAUCCGCGACAUAAAUGAUCCGGAACACCCCCUCACGCUGGAACAACUGAAAGUCGUCGCUGAAGAGCUCGUCACUGUCGAUCCUGCAACCCGUGUGAUAAAAGUCAUGUUCACCCCGACAAUCCCGCAUUGUUCGAUGGCCACUCUCAUUGGACUAUGCAUCCGGGUGAAGUUGAUGCGAUCCCUUCCCCGUGAAUUCAAGAUCGACCUGAUGAUAACCCCCGGAAAACACGAUCAGGAGAGAGCCAUCAAUAAGCAGCUCCAAGACAAGGAGCGCGUUGCCGCUGCCUUGGAGAACCCCAAUUUACUCUCGGUGGUUAACAAAUGCAUCGCGGAACCAGAAUAUUAGGUCUCUGUAGCCCGUCAUAGGUGUCUCACAGCGGGCUUCCACGCACGAGAUGAAACAUUCAUAAUCCGCUCCAUUUGUUAUCGGUUCCGAAUUUGUGAUAAACUUGAUGUUCUCCUCAA